AUGUUCGGACUCAGAGCUGCCUCCAGGGCAUCCCACCUGGCCUGUCGUCGCGGUGCAGUGCGGUCUCUGGCUACCGAAGCCAAACUUGCUCCCGAUUUUGUUCGCAUCGUCGAGGUUGGCCCCAGAGAUGGCCUGCAGAACGAAAAGAAGUCCAUUCCGCUCGAGACGAAGCUGGAGCUGAUCUCCAGACUUGCUGGGACCGGCCUCCAGACCAUCGAGGCCGGCUCGUUUGUGCCCGCGAAAUGGGUGCCCCAGAUGGCCAGCACAGCUGACAUUCUAUCACAUCUCACCAAAACCCCGCCCUCCGCCCCCCACCCGAUCUCAUACAACUACCUGGUCCCCAACGUGAAGGGCCUCCAAACACUGGUUAAAGUGCUCGAGAAAGAGACAGCUGCCCUGCCAAAGCAAGCCCGUCCAACGGAGCUGCCCGAGAUAUCCCUCUUUGCCGCUGCCACCGAAGCCUUCUCCAAGGCCAACACCAAUUGCACAAUAGAAGAGUCUCUCGCCCGAAUUGGCCCGAUAGUCUCGCUGGCAAAGGAGAAGAACAUCCGCGUACGAGGCUAUGUCUCUGUUGCGCUUGGAUGUCCAUAUGAAGGACCGGAUGUAGACCCGCACAAGGUCGCUGAGAUCACUGCCUCGUUGCUGGAGAUGGGUGCCGACGAAGUCUCCGUGGCCGACACGACAGGCAUGGGAACCGCUCCAAGGACACAGAAGCUACUGAGGACCCUCUCUGCUGCUGGAAUUGCCACCAAUGACCUCGCAUUGCAUUUCCACGAUACCUACGGCCAGGCUCUGGUAAACACCAUUGUCGGCCUGGAGCACGGCAUACGGAUAUUUGACAGCAGUGUUGGCGGCCUAGGAGGGUGCCCGUACUCUAAGGGUGCUACCGGAAACGUCUCAACGGAAGAUCUGAUCCAUACCCUGCACAGCGUUGGAAUGAAGACUGGCGUUAACCUCGAGGCAGUAGCAAAGAUUGGAGCUUGGAUCAGUGCUGAGCUCGGUCGUGAGAACGAUAGCCGAGCCGGGAAGGCAACCGUCAGCAGGCUUCAAGGAUAG